UGAACAUUGAAUGUCAGUCUGAACCGAAACAACAGUACUGUACGCGAAAAGAGUGUAACAAAACCAUCAAAAUAUGGUCAAGUGGUUCAUAGUGGUAGCGUUGAUAGGGUUGGCUCGCGGGGGAGUCAUUGGUGAUUUGGUGGACGGCGUGUCGGACACUAUAUGUAUGGCCAAAUCGAUUCCCGGAGCCCUCAAAUGUGGCAUCAUUUUCACCGAUGAGCUGAAGGCGUCGGAGAUUGAACUCCACAAAGACUACAAACAAUACGGCUAUUGUUGCGCUUUCACUCACUUACGAGACUGUGUGACACAAUCGGUGAGCACUAAUUGUGGCGAUUAUACGGCCGGCACUUUCAACAAAGUGUUUGGCGCUGUCCUCAAGACUGUCAAAGUGUUGGACACCUCUGCCGACGAGUGCAGUCUCUUUGAUGGUAUUGUCGGCACAUUCCUGUGUCAGCCAAUAGGGCUAUUGGUCGCGGAAGUGGUUGUUUUGGUUCUACUGUUUUUGGUGGGCUUUUGGUCAGUCAUCCGAUGCUGUUGUUCGCCAUCACGUAAUCGACACCGAAGUUAUGCGACGGCAGUCCUCUUACCCUCACAUAACAGGACCGCCUAUAAGUAAAUCUGGUCUAACAUGUCAUUUAUAUCUGUUGUCGACAUUUCGUGAUUUAUAUGCACUUUAUUAUUAUUAUUAUUAUUAUUUCAAUUAGCAUUUAGUUACAGAUAUACUCCAAGAAAUGUAAAUCUCUUAAAUAUAUUAAUAAUAUGAAAAUAUUUUGUAAUGUUUAAAUUUAAAUAAAAUUAUGAUAUAAUUACUUAUAAAUAAUCUUAAAAAUAAAUUAGUAUCAUAUGAUUGCUAAUGAAAUAUUCAAUUAGGAUUUGUUUCAGUGAAUUCAUUGAAUUGAAGACCAAAUUAAUAAAACAGCUCACAAUUGAAGCAAUAAACCAAUCGAUCAAAACUAUACUAUAAGACAGUG